AGCGAAAAACUCUGUCAUCGUCAUCGUUCAUUGUCUUCACAUUAAUUGCUUGAAAAAGAAAAAAGGCCGGAUUAACUUUAAUAUAAGUAGAAAAUAAAUAAGUUUUAAACGAAAUCAGUGGAAACCAAUGCCAGUUACAAUUGUCGUGCAUACCCAUAUACACACACAUACGGAAUAACACAAGUUGCGAUAGCAUACAAAUAACAACAACAUCAUCAAAACCAAACACUGCCCCAAAUUCGUGAAUCACCAACGAAAUUAUGGAACAAACACAGAUUACAGAUGCGGAAAAGGUGCGCAUUGUCUCCGACUUUAUAUUGCAUGCACCGCCCGGUGAAUUCAAUGAGGUCUUCAACGACGUCCGCGAGCUGCUUAAGAACGAUGCCUUGCUGAAGGAUGGCGCCAGCCACGCCUUCUCCCAAUACAACAAGGACCAGUUGACGCCAGUGCGGGUCGAGGGCAGUGAACACAACGCGAUCAUCUCCGAAUACAACGAUUUGGGGAACGGUCGCUUCUAUGAUCCUCGCACUAAGCAGUCCUUCAAGUACGACCACCUACGGAAAGAGGCGUCCGACUACCAGGAUUUGGAGGCCGAUGCCAGCGCGGAGUCGUGGCGCGCUGCCCUGGACCUGGCCACCCUUGCAUAUACCGCCAAUCACUACAGGCACGGCGUAAGCUCCGUGUUUGGCAAGUCGCAAGGCAACCAGGUAACGCUGACUGUUUGCAUUGAGGACCAUCAGUUUCAGCCGAAGAACUACUGGAACGGCAGAUGGCGUUCGCAGUGGCAUGUCAGUUUCCAGGCUGGCAGCGGCACGGCGGAAUUGAAGGGCGUGUUGAAGGUGCAGGUGCACUACUACGAGGAUGGCAAUGUUCAGCUGGUGUCGUCAAAGGAUUGCCGUGAGAGUCUUGUUGUGUCCAACGAACAGCAAUUGGCCAAUGAGGUUAUACGUCUGAUCGAAGAGGCGGAGAACGAAUAUCAGCUAGCCAUUUCGGAGAACUACCAAACCAUGUCGGACACCACGUUCAAGGCGAUGCGCCGACAGCUGCCCAUUACCAGAACUAAGAUCGACUGGAGCAAAAUCGUUUCGUACAGCAUUGGCAAAGAGCUAAAAACGCAAUAAGACAAGGAGCAGCAAGCGGAAGCCGUAGGCACGCCAGCCAACCCGUUGCCCAUGGCAGUGCUGGCGCAGUCACAGAUAAAAAGACCCAACAGUCUUCCACUUGCAAUGGCAAAGCGUGAAAAGUGAGCCGGAAAAGUCGCAGCAAGAACCAUACACUAUCUAUUUACGAUCGUUAAAUGUUGGCGCUUAUUUAAUAAUUGUCUUUAAUUUGCCUAUCCUUUACACAUACAUACAUCUAUAUAAAUAUAUAUAUAUAUACAACAUGAAUACAUCUAUCUGUUAUAAUACGAUGAAAGUGGAUAUAUGUAUCUAUAAACACACACACACACACACACACACACACAUUACAUCAACUCUGUACAUAUGUAUGUGCUACAUAAUGAAUUAAACUUGGAUGAUUGUUGCCGAGACCGAAACCGAAACAGGAACCGCAUUAUAGUCACAAUCGCCACCAAGAGUCGCCUUUAUCGUUUAAUUAAAGCAUUAAGCGCGUGUUUUUAAUAAUAUUAAUAAUAGUAUGCAUGCACUUUCAAUAAUGUAUUAUAGAUUUAGUAGAGCAUUGGUCCAUACAUAUAUAACCCGUGACUCUCACUGAAGCUGGCAACAGAUUAGAUCCUAAGUGACGGCAACUUGCAACAUUAACAGUAUAAAGUAACGAUAAUAACAA